AUGGCGGCGCACAACAAUGAUGAAAUCUCCCCGAUCGAGCCUCCGACAUACACGGCAAGCUCCAAUGCUGUUCAGUUCCUGGCCAACCGGGCCGCGGAGGAGGUCGAAUUCACUCCUGAGGAGGAAAAGGCAGUGGUGCGGCGGAUUGACAAGCGGGUGCUGGUGAUCAUCCUGUGGGCGUAUUUCUUCCAGCAGCUGGACAAGAGCUCCCUGAGUUACGUCUCCAUCUUCGGCCUCACGACCGACGCCCACCUGCACGGCCGGCAGUACUCCUGGCUGGGGUCGAUCCUGUAUCUAGCGGAGCUGGUAAUGCAGCCGCUCGCGGCGCUGGCCCUGGUCAAGCUUCCAACGGGGAAGGUACUAGCCGCGGCGAUCUUCUUCUGGGGGUCCGCGCUGUCCAUCAUGUCGGCAUGCACCGACUUCAAGUCGCUGCUGGGGAUGCGAUUUGUGCUGGGCGCCUUUGAGGCGCUCAUCGCCCCCUCCUGCGUGGCGAUCACCCAGAUGUGGUGGCGGCGGCGCGAGCAGACGCUGCGCACCAGCUACUGGAACGCGAUGAACGGCGUCACCUCGAUCGUGGGCAGCCUCCUCACCUACGGGCUUGGCCACAUCCAGCACGGCUCCAUGUAUCGCUACCAGACCAUCUUCCUCUUCUGCGGCCUGCUGACCGUCGCCUACUCCGCCGUGGUCCUCUGGCUGAUGCCCGACUCCCCCAUGGAGGCCAAGUAUCUCACCAUGCGGGAACGGAUCAUCGCCACGGAGCGGCUGCGCGCCAACCAGAUGGGGAUCGCGACACGACAGUGGCGCUGGGAGCACGUGUGGGAGACGGCCCUGGACCUGAAGACAUGGGGCUGGUUCCUCGCCAUCAUCACCAUCUCCAUCGCCAGCGGCGGCAUCGGGACCUUCGGCUCCCUGAUCGUCAGCUCCUUCGGCUUCGGCAGCUUCGAGACCAUCCUCUUCAACAUCCCCUUCGGAGUCAUCCAGGUGCUCUCGAUCCUGGGCACGGGCUGGGUGGCCACGCGGAUCCGGUCCAAGGGUUGGACCAUCGCCGGCAUCAGCGUCCUGCCCACCGUGGGCACGGUCCUGAUGCUCACCGUGCCGCGCGAGCAGAAAGGCGUGCUGCUGUUCGGAUACUACCUGGUCUCCACCCUAGCAGCCAUCACCCCGCUCAUCUACGCGUGGCAGGCCCAGAAUACCGGCGGGGACACCAAGAAGAAGUGCACCUCGGGCGUGGUGUUCGUGGGCAUGUGCGCCGGCAACGUCAUCGGCCCGCUGCUGUACUCGACCAACGAGGCCCCGCUGUACCGCACCGGUCUCAUCGCCAACCUGGUCAUGUUCGUGACCGUGGGCGUGGUGUCUGCCUUGAUCCCCUUCUACCUCAUGUACCUCAAUAAGCAACACGCGAGCAAGCGUCGUGAGCUCGGCAAGGGAGACCCGGUCCCCGACGGGGCCGCCGCCGCCCCCGCGCACGAGGAGCAGCUCAAGGGCGACGCCGUCCAGCUCGAGCAGGUCCACGACUACCGCCAGGAAAUCGACCAGGAUAACGGUUUGCAUGACGUGACGGAUCGGAUGAAUGAGGAUUUUGUCUACGUGUACUGA